GCGUUUUGCUAAGCUUUUCCUGUGGGGAUGAAGGACACUAGAACAUCCAAAAAAAGCCAAAGGAUUCUUAUUCAGAAUAACAACGCCUGCAUUUAUCUGGAAACGCCGAGUGUUCUGGCCUGGAGCGGAUGGGAAAAAUAACUACGAGUAGAUGGGAAAGGUAUCCACGCCUUCCUUGUCAUAAGGUUAAAUGUUUAGACUUGGCGUCAAAGUCUGUUUACAGCACAUUUCAUAUGGCAGCCUUCCUUCGGAUGCUUGAUCUUGCAACAUAAAAAGGACACUUUUCUUGUUCCCUCGUUGUGCUGAUUGAGCAUUACUAUUUUUUUUUCAUCGAUUAUGGAAGCCCCACCUGUUACAGUCACACUCCAACCCACAGACAACAAUGCUUUGAUCAUAGGUGAGGUCAAACCUGAUCAAGUGCCGUUUGAGGAAACAACUGUCUGCUCCAAGAAAGGAGUGAAGAUGGAGGCGCAACGUACUGGACCAGAAGGCACGAUCACCAUGCAAGGCAACUACGAUGUGGUCUUUAGCGUAAUUGAGGCGCUACGUUAUGCACUUUCGUUGCGAGUCUGAAUGGUAGCAUGAUAGACAUAUAUUGAACUUGCUACAAUAGCCUUGUCCAGCCGUCCCUUAGUGUCAAACAUAUGGAAGGCGGCCCCAUGCUCAACGGGGUUAUCAUCAGCGCGACUGUCAAGGCCACGAGUGACAACGCUUCUCCAAAAGAUAUGGCUCCGUCCUAUCAAAAGUCGACUAUCUCGCGCUUGGGCACUGCCUCGACUGUGACUGCAACAAAACCUGCAUUUACUGAAGGGACAUCGCUCCAAUCGUACAAAAUGGAGCAACGAAGCAUGACGACUGAAAGGGUGCGGCUAGCCGAGAUUGAUUUGGAAAAGGUCAAGGAGAUGGAGCGGGAGAAAACCAAGCGGCUGCAACUUCAACUUGAGCAUGCCCGGUUCCUAGUAACGCGUGGAAAAUCGCCAUCUCCCCCUUUGCAUGUCUCAAAAUCUACCACACAGUGAUGCCAUAUAGCGUAUCUCAAAAUCUACUAUAUAGUGAUUGAUUUACAAAGACAUUCCCUUUGCUUUCCUACACAGUAAAAGUUCCUACAAAGAACAUUGCAUCAAC